AUGUGCAUCAAUCGCAAGCAUCCACGAAGUGAGCAGCCACAGAACAUUCAGGACAGGGAUGAGGAGUUUGCGACGGCUGCACACCGAGAUGAGAUGGUGGCGGCCAUUCUGACGAUCACGUCGGCGCUAGGAUUGUCGAAAGAGACAUUGCAUUUAUGCGUUGGGCUAUUGGACCGGUUUUUAGCACUUCAGAGCAUCGAAGUCUCCAGACUUGAAGCACUCAGCAUUUCGUGCUUGUGGAUAGCUGUCAAAUUUGUCGAGACACCAACGACUAUUUUCGACAAGAACAUCAAAGAGGUUUUACAGCGACGAAGACACUCUAGCAACUGGAAAUGGAAUGAGAUUCUCAAGUUCGAGCUUGAUAUCUUACAACUUCUCAACUAUCGGAUCAUGACACGUACAAUACUAGUGCGCCAGCUAGCGCUUUAUUUUGCUGACUUGCUGCUGCUCAAAGCGCGAGCGAACCAGUUCUCGAAGGAGCUACUCGUAGACGCUAUCUGGUUUGUGAUCUCUGGCAACGAGAUUGCGGAUGUGAAGCCUCCUUUGUUGGAACCGGUCGUGCUGCUUUAUCUCGCACACCGCGACAACAUCAACCCAAGUCACCCGGUUUUCAAGUCGUGGUUCGCGCUUCGCUGUCGUUACGGUGCCUUCCUUCCGGCGCCGUGGAAAGUUCCUUACAACGCGUCCUGCGUCUGCCGAGUCUGCGAACACGCACACGACGAUCUCGCGUCCGGGUAA